UCUCCGACGCGACACAAUCACUUCAUCAGUGCUCAUUCACCAUUGUGCCAUACAGAGCUAAUGCUCUAACAGAAACGUUCAACAAACUUAACAUGUCGACCCUCAGUCAUCACCCGUACGCGUUUUCCAUGCAUCCCGGGAUGCUGCCCGACUAUCCCAGCGCGCCGCAGCAGAUCCCGGCUACCUCGCCGCAGUCCGAGGGACAUAUCAAGAGGCCCAUGAAUGCGUUCAUGGUGUGGUCUCGGCUGCAGAGACGUCAGAUCGCCAAGGAUAACCCGAAGAUGCACAACUCCGAGAUAUCGAAGCGGCUCGGCGCCGAAUGGAAGUUGUUAUCCGAGAUGCAGAAGCGGCCUUUCAUCGACGAGGCGAAGCGGCUGCGCGCCCUGCACAUGAAGGAGCACCCUGACUACAAGUACAGGCCGCGCAGGAAGCCCAAGCCCCCGACGCAGGGAGGUGCGCCCGGAGCCGGCGCGUUCCCGAGCUUCCCGCUGCCAUAUUUCGCCGGCCCGGCGCCGACGGUGGGCCCGCUCGACGCGCUGCCGUACCCGGCGGUGCCGCCGUACUUCCCGCACCAGCUGGACCACCUGCAGUUCUCGAAGCUGAUGGCGCCGACGGCGGAGAAGCUGCCGACGGUGUCGUCGUCGGCGGCGGCGGUGGUGUCCUCGUUCUACUCGUCGCUGUACACGUCGCCGGCGGCGCCGCCGAAGCCGUUCUCGUCGCCGCUGUUCCACCAGUACGGCGCGGCGCCCUCCUCGCCGGUGUCGCCCGUCACUCCCACGCAGCACAGCCCGCACGACGACCAGCUCAGGCGGCCCGUCUCCGUCAUAUAUUGAAGACCAACCUGCCUGCCUUGAAGGAGCCAGCUCCGGACAGGUGCGGCAAUGUGGUUACCAGAGACUGUGUUAAAGACAAUCGAUUAUUUAUUCGUUAACAAUAAUGUAUAGAGUAUAGAGUUGGCGUGUCUCGUGUCACGCGGUUGUACAUAUGUCUGCGCCGGUCGUGUUUAAGCUGUGAUUUUCGUUUUCGACGCGAUCUGACCGAAGGUAACGUUGUUUCGCCGUUCAUGUGAAGUGAGAUUGGUACCAAAAAGAGAUUAUUUUGUCGUAGGUGAUUACAGUUAGCCGGUUAGAUAGAUGAUAAUGUAUUACUUUAGUUCUCUGUUGAUUUUGUUUGUUUCGGUGUCACUUCGCAGUCGAGUUUCUUCGCUCCAAUUAAUUGUAACGUGUAUUAAUUUAUUGGUUUCAAGUUGUAGAUGUAACUGUAAGUGAAUAGUUGUGUUGAUUGUAAGUUAGUGCGUGUAUAUAUUAGUGUUGAUAAGUAUUCGGUGUCAGUACCAACGAUGUAUGAUAGUAUUACAAGAAACAAAUUUGUUAAUGCCAUAAUAAACACUAAAUUGUUUUUAUUUUA